UUUAGUGAACAUGUCUCCUCUGGAAGGCGAUUUAGGCAUGGAGCAUGUCGUGGAUAUAGCAUGCGGGAAUGGCCAUUCCAUCGCUCUGACUGAAUCUGGCGAGGUGUACACUUGGGUACGUUAUUACAAACCAGAGAAUAACAUUACUAACAUAACUCAUGACGUACCUGUGGAAGUGAACUCCAUUUUGGCUAAGAAGAAAGUUGUCCAUAUCUCCUGUGGUGCGUACUUUACCAUGGUAGUAGUCGAAAAUGGUGAAGUGUAUAGUUGGGGCUUUAACGAUGCUGGCCAGUUGGGGAUAGGUAAUUGUGAGCGCCAAAGGACGCCGCAGCUGGUUGGUUCACUGAGAGGCAUUGUGAUAG